AUCCAGCCGGCGAUUUAAUAAGCGGACCUAUGUGAGAGAAGUCCACGUUUCCGCUGUGAGUAGGGGAUGUAUUUUGUAGUAGCACCAUUUUGAACAUGUGUGGUGGUAAGAAGACUUAACGCGUAACUGGAAAUUUGUGUGUCUCUUCAUUUUCUUAUAUUUGUAAGAUGAAACCGAAAGGUAAUGCAUAUAGUUAGCUACCGUAACGCAUGCAACUGUAUAAGCAAGUGGCUCAUUUUCAUCACAAGAGGACAGGUUAGCUAGCUAGCCAGUUAACAGUCAUCCUCAAUGCAAGGCUCCUAGCAAUCGAAGCCGAGUUUACCGUACUAAUGUGUUCCGUUUUAAAAGCUUGAUCAGUCUUCUGUUUUUUUCUGUCUCUUUGAGCAGCUACAUAUAAAAUCCGUAUAGGGCAGGCUACUCUUACAUGUGUAGCCUUGCAUGCAAGUUUUCAGAUAUUCAAUCUAGUAGGCUAACCAGUUUACAGCACUAAUGUGGCCUCAUUUUGAGAAACAAAGAGGUGUAAGACCAUGCUAUUUUUAAGCAGUGAUUUCAGUCGAUAAGGACACAGCAGAAAUGUAUUUGUCAGACAGUUUGCAUGACCUCAAGAUAAAAGAGGCUGCCGGAGACCAGCAAGGCCACGGCCAGUUCUCAGGCAACUCUGUGCAUGAAGUGCACUGCUGGGUCCAAGAUUGCCUCCGAGUUGCAGGCUCCUCUGCGGAACAGCUGGACACCGUGCACAGCGUCAAGCAAUUGUUUGAGAGUGCGGACAGCCACUUGCUUUUCUCCGAGUGCUGCGCCAACGAAGGCGCCAACAUUAAGAAAGUGUACUUGGAAAUUGUGAUCUCUCUGACCCAUUUCGCUGCUUUGCCUCUCUGCGAGACGGAGAGCGGUGAUCUUCCAGCCAGCUCUUACGUGGCUGUCCCUGGCAAGUCCAGCGCAGUUUGCGCAGUAUUGCUGACCCUCUGUCGCAGGCUUGGGCCUGGGAGCGACGUUCCGUGUUGCCACUGUCCUUCCUCUCCUUUGAGCCCCCUUGCGCGUGCACUUGCGCCUCCUCUCUUCGUAUUCGCGGUGACCCACAUGCAGGAUCAGCCAUGGACCAGCGACUCCUCCAGAACUGCUGCUGCUUUGCUGCUGAAUGCGGUUGUUCACGGGAGCGGCUUUGCGUCCAGCUCCCAGUUGCUGUGUGGAAAUACUGUAGGUGACCACACUGGAAUCCUUGCUGCCGUCUUGGAGAUUCUGAAACCGGAAGUAACCAAAGAGAACUGGAAGAGAAACCAGGCCACAAAGCACGUCUUUGCCUGGACACUUACUCAGGUGGGCCGUCCGUGGUUGGCCGAGUUCCUGGACAGGGUAUUUCCCCCUUCCCUUUUGAUCUCGGACGACUAUCGCACAGAGAACAAAGUGCUGGGGGUGCGCUGCCUGCAUCAUAUCGUACUCAAUGUGCCUGCAGCUGAUCUCAGGCAGUACAACAGAGCCCAGGUGCUCUACCACGCCCUGUUCAACCAUCUCUACGUUGCUGAGGCAGAGCUCAUAGAGGUGGUUCUCCCAUGCCUGCUGGACCUGCUCUCUGUUCUGGAGAAACCUCCGGGGAGCGCUGGGAUGGCCCGUAACCCGAACCGCUACGACGAGGUUCUGCGGCUGAUCCUCACGCACAUGGAGAUGGAGCACAGGCUGGCCCUGCGCCGGGUGUACGCUAGAAACGUCGCCCUCUUCACUGACAGGAUGGGUAUCGUCACUGUCCGCCAUCUUAAGAGAGUGGAGAGAGUAAUUCUGGGAUACCUGGAGAUCUCGGAUGCUCCGGGAGAGCAGGCUAGGCUUAGUAUCCUAGAUGUUCUUGAAAAGACUAUACAGCAGGCCUGGCCAAGACUGGAGUGUAGGCUGGCCGUGCUGGUGCGCGCUCUGUUGAAGCUGCUGGUCGACGUGUCUGCAGACCGCACUUCAGCGCCCCCUGCUGUGAGGGAGGAGCUUCUGCGCAAGGCCACACACUGCCUGCUGCUGCUGGAUUACUGCUCUCAGGGAAAACUCAAGGUGCUCUUGAAAGAGGUAGACAGCAGCUGUGCAGAUGGCACAGUGCUGGAAUGCUUAAAGAAGGUCACAGAUGUCAGCUGAGAGAACAUAACACUGGAUCACCAGCAGGGGGAGCUGAGCCCAGCAUUUCCUAAAAUGAACUUGCACACCUGGUUAUGUGCACACAGGUCCCUGUGCCCCAUCAGCAUGACUAAGGAUCUCUCAUAACAUCGUACUUCUGGAGGAUUCCUGGUCAGCAGCCUAGCCCAACUGCAUAUUGUUUAGUAACUGUUAAUUUACAAAUGAGAACUGGCUGUAACUGGUUGUAAAACAUUUUAUCUUGCUGGUAUAAAGCGCCAUCUUGAAAUGUGUAA